GUGCACAUAGACGGCCUCGCGCUGUUGAAGCUUGUCAAACAUUGUCGUGACUCACUUCCGAAGAUGGUGGCGGGAUCACUAUUGGGCCUUGAUCAGGGGUCAAUUUUGGAGGUGACGCAUUGUUUCCCCUUUCCUUCCCCUGGCGAUCGAGAAUCAUAUGGAGACGUUGAUUCGGGUAGUGUGAUAGAAGAUCUUGAUGGUGAAGAGUACCAAAUGGAGAUGAUGAAGAUGUUGCGCGAGGUAAAUGUGGAUAAUAAUUGCGUUGGAUGGUACAAGUCCAUAUAUGUUGGUUCAUUUUGUCAAACUCCGCUCGUUGAAACCCAAUUUAGUUAUCAAGACAAUCUUAGCGAUAAUUGUGUCGUUCUACUCUAUGAUCCUGUCGAAACCGGCAGGGGCACGUUAAAUGUGAAAGCAUUUCAGCUCUCAGAACAAUUUAUCGCAUCGUAUCGCGUCAAGUCGAAUACAUUUGUGGCCCCGUCUUCGAUCCUUGUUGAGCUUCCUCUGAAGAUACGCAACCCCGGGCUCAUAACAGCGUUCUUGUACGACCUCUGCGUUGCGGGCGUGCUCAAACGGCAAAUAGUCACCGCUGCCUCUGACUCAAACAAAGUUGCGCCCCUUGAGCGCUACCUCGAGCAUUGCUGCCAGUGGGUAGAUGAUCUAAUUGAAGAGCAGGGCAAGUUCCAAUACUAUUUACGUAAUAUCGAGCGCCAUAAGGACCAAAUGCGAUGGCAUAACAAACGCAAAGCUGAUGGGGAACACGAGGAUGCUGAUGCACCCACGUGGAAGAACACCACAGAGCCGUCCAGACUCGAUUCCCUUCUUAUAGCUAAUCAGAUUAAGCAGUACUGCUCACAAAUCAGUGUCCAUUCCACAUGCGCUCUAUCAAAGAUCCAUCUCAGCAGUGGUAUCAGAGUGAGCACGUAGCUUAAUCUUUUGUACAAGUUUAGCUAGAAGAGCUCUUGAAAUUGCCAAAAGGUCAGGUCUCAGCAUAAGCGAUUUUAUGGAUUGAUAUAUUUCGGACAUGUACAAGUGGAAGGGCGCAACUCCAAGUUUCUUCAUUGCGCGCACGGGAUUACGUGACGAUGCCAGAGGUGUGUAUCUGCAAAAAGUCAAUUACACUGUGAAUUUGGAAUCUACUUGGCGUCCUGCAAUGUGCCAGGCUGCAGCAGCACCCACUCGCCUGGCAAUCUUAAGUUCUGGUCUCGGCGCCCCCUGCACACCCUGUGCACACCCCUGGCACCCCCCCCGCCAACCUAGGCGCCAAAUGACGUGAGCCGUCGCCACGGACUAGGUCCAAAAACACGCGCGUGUGGUACAGCGAUACAAUCACAGGGCCCCUCCCCUCUACUGGGACCACUACUAGGCUUACCUCUAGGCCCCUAGGCCCCUUUCUCUUCCUUAAUUCAAUAGAAGGG